AUGACGAGUAGUGGAAAAAAGAAAUCUGUGUUGGCGGCGAUUAAAAUUGGAAGACAUCCAACUUCCCAUCGCCGCGCUUCUCUGUUUUCAUCAAUCUCCCCGAAGGCUGGCAUGACCAUGUACGACAAAAUUGUCCGCGAUCACACGAUUGCCACGGAAGAUAACGGGACAAAGUUAGUGUUCAUCGACAGACACAUGGUGCACGAAGUCACGUCGCCGCAAGCGUUCGAGGCUUUGCGUUUAGCCGGGAGAAACGUGAGAAGACCGGACAACACGUUGGCGACGGUGGAUCACAACGUCCCGACUUCGGACCGAUCGAAGUUUGAAAGCGUGGAAACGUUCAUCACGGAGAUGGAAUCGAGAGUGCAAGUGGUGCAGAUGGAGGAGAACGUGAAGGACUUUGGCAUCACGUAUUUCGGGAUGGAAGACAAGAGACAAGGAAUCGUGCACAUCAUCGGGCCGGAACAAGGCUUUACGUUGCCGGGGACCACAGUCGUGUGCGGGGAUUCCCACACGGCCACGCACGGUGCGUUUGGUGCGUUAGCGUUUGGUAUCGGGACGAGUGAAGUCGAACACGUGUUGGCCACGCAAACGUUGUUGCAAAAGCCGAGCAUGAAUAUGAACGUGAGAAUCGACGGCAAGUUGAUGGAUGGCGUCACCUCCAAAGAUUUGAUCUUGCACGUGAUUGGAAAGAUUGGUACCGCCGGGGGUAACGGGUCUGUCAUCGAGUUUUCUGGCGAAGCCAUUCGUGAGUUGUCCAUGGAAGCGAGAAUGAGUAUUUGCAACAUGGCGAUUGAAGCUGGCGCGAGAGCCGGAAUGAUCGCGCCGGAUGAGAUCACCUACGAAUACUUGAAAGGCAGACCGAUGGCGCCGAGUGGUGAGACUUGGGAGAAGGCGGUGGCGUACUGGAAAACGUUAGGUACCGAUGCGGAUGCCAAGUUUGAUAAGGUUGUGGUUAUUGACGCGAAGGAUAUUGAACCGACCGUCACGUGGGGAACGUCGCCGCAAGAUACCGUCGGCAUUUCCGGCGUCGUGCCAAACCCGGACGAUUUUGACGAAUCCAGGGCGAACGCGAUGCGAAGAUCGUUGGAAUACAUGGGUUUGACUCCAGGGACAAAAAUGAAGGACGUUGCGGUUGACAAGGUGUUCGUCGGAUCGUGCACGAACGGGAGAAUUGAAGACCUCAGAGCCGUGGCCGCCGUGGCCAAAGGCAAGAAAGUUGCCAGUUCCGUGUACGCCAUGGUGGUCCCGGGUUCGGGUAUCGUCAAAGACCAAGCCGAAGCAGAGGGUUUGCACACCGUCCUGAUUGAAGCCGGUUUUGAUUGGAGAGAACCGGGGUGCUCCAUGUGCCUCGCCAUGAACCCGGAUAAGUUGUUGCCGGGUGAACGAUGCGCUUCGACUUCAAACAGAAACUUUGAAGGUCGUCAAGGGAACGGCGGCCGAACGCACUUGGUGUCGCCAGCCAUGGCUGCUGCCGCGGCCAUUACUGGUAAGUUGUGCGAUGUCAGAGAAAUCGGUUCUGGUGCCGGUUUGACUGGCGACGACGUCCCGAAGAAAGUCGACAAGGACUUUUUGACAAACCAAUCCAUCGUGCCGCCGCGACCGAGAGUGGACCAAGCGAAAUCUGGCAGCGGUAGUAGUGGUAUGCCGACGUUUACGACGCUCAAAGGUAAAGCCGCUGCGAUGGACUUGCAAAACAUCGACACGGACAUGAUUAUCCCGAAGCAGUUUUUGAAAACCAUCAAACGAACCGGAUUGGGCGUUGGCGCGUUUUACGAAAUGCGAUUUAACGCCGACGGCUCGGAAAAACCGGACUUCGUCUUGAACAAACCAGAAUGGAAAGGAACCUCGAUCUUAGUUGCCGGCGAUAACUUUGGUUGCGGCAGUUCCCGAGAGCACGCGCCGUGGGCCAUCAACGAUUUGGGAAUCAGGUGCAUUAUCUCCACCUCCUUCGCGGACAUCUUUUUCAACAACUGCUUCAAGAACUCCAUGUUGCCGAUUGUUUUGGACGAACCGACGGUGAGAACGUUGAUGCAAGACGCCAACGAGAUGAAAGAGCUAGAAGUCGAUCUCGCGGCGCAAACCAUCACGAGAGCGGAUGGUUCUAAGAUUUCCUUUCAAGUUGACGAGUUCCGCAAGCACUGCUUGUUGAAUGGCUUGGACGACGUUGGAUUGACGAUGUUGAAGAACGACCAAAUCGACAAGUUUGAAAUCGAACGAUCGCAGAAGUACCCGUGGCUGGACGGUGCGAGGGAAAUGGCUGCGCGUUAA